AUGCAUAUCCAGAGUGUUCUCACUGCCGUUGUGGCACUUUCCGCUGCCUCGGACGCGGCCAUCCUCCAGCCACGCAAGUCACCCUUCUCGAGGGCGUUGAAGAAGCGCCAGUUCGGCUUUGGGGGAGGCUUCAACAACGGUGGCUUUGGCGGCAACAACGGUGGUUUUGGUGGAAAUAACGGUGGUUUUGGCGGCAACAAUGGGGGAUUUGAUGGAAACAACGGCGACGCUGGCCAGAACAACGGCGAUGACGGCCAGAACAACGGCGAUGACGGCCAGAACAACGACAAUGGUCAGAACAACGGUGGUGGGGGCAAUGGCCAGCUGGAUCCCAAUGUCAUCCAGGAUGCUUCAGCAAGCGACGGUAAUCCUGAUCAAGCUUCUGGACAGGCUGCCUCCCAGACGGAUGACAGCAACUUCAUCAACUUCUGUCAAGGGUCGACUUUGACCAACGGCGAGCAGAACGAGGGAGGUUCCUGCAACGGUAUACCCAUGGGCAAGAUUCCCGCCCUCAACCGCAUGGUCUCUGCCAUCUUCACCGAGCCCAAGAACGGUGACACAAUUGCCGCUGACACCGACUUCACCAUCUCGGUGCAGAUGCUGAACUUUGCCCCCGGAACCUUCACAAACCCUGACAACACGUACUACGCUGCCCCCCAAGACCUUGAUGGCAACGGCAACAUCAUUGGUCAUACCCACGUUACUGUCCAAGAUCUCGGGGGUGAUCUUAACCCUACCAACCCCCUUGACCCGACGCAGUUCGCCUUCUUCAAAGGCAUCAAUGAUCAGGGCAACGGUCAGGGCCUGCUGUCUGCGGACGUAGAGGGUGGUCUCCCCGAGGGCAACUACCGUCUCUGCUCACUUGUGGCGGCCGCCAACCACCAGCCUGUGAUCAUGCCGGUCGCGCAGCGUGGCGCGCAGGACGACUGCGUCCGAUUUACCGUAUCCAACAACGGCGGCGGUGGCGGCAACAAUGGCGGCAACGAUCAGAACCAGGGCGAUGGUGGCUUUGACUUUGGCAACGGCGGUGACCAGAACCAAGGUCAGGACCAGGACCAGGAUCAGAACCAAGACGGUGGUUUCGACUUUGGCAAUGGCGGUGAUCAGAACCAAGACCAGAACCAGGGCGGUGAUUUUGAUUUCGGCAAUGGUGACAACCAGAACCAAGACAACCAAUUCGGCGGUGACCAGAACCAGGGUGGUGGCUUCGACUUUGGCAACGGCAACGAUCAAAACCAAGACAACCAAAACGGCUUCGGCGGAGGCAACUUCGGCGGCGGCAACGAUUUCUUCAACGCCGAUAUUGGCAAAGGUGAAUCAGCCACCGCCACGCCCGCUCCCACCCCGGGCUUUCGACGCUUCUAG